UACGCGAAAUUCCCAUUUGUUGGCUCAGUCUUUUCGGAGACGGACGUUAGACUCUAAGGUCCCACCGCCUCUUAAAUAACCUAAUAGUGUUGAUAGAGGCGCUAAAUCUAUUCAAUUCAACCACCCCCCCCAACUUGUAAACAGCAGCAGCAUUUUCAGAAGAUCGGCUAGGUUGUAGUCAGGCGUCAUGAGUCGGGAACUUCAGAACCAACUUCUGGAAAGUUUGAGGCAAGAAAACAAAGGACUUCGGGAACUUCUUAGCGUCAUCAGUCGGCAGUUUGAGGAGGUCAGUCAUGCGCAGAAAGAGGGAAGACAGAUUUUGGAUAGUCUCGUAGGGGAGAAAUAUGUAGAGAGUUUGGGAUUCAUGACGUGCGAGCAUUGGAGAGACAUGCUGCCGGCCAUUGCCUGCAAGGUGGACGGUAUCAGAAGGUGUUUCCGAGACGGGGGUUCUGUCGAGUCUGAUUUCCAUUACAUCGAGCCCUUCGGCUACUUCGUCAAAGCCCAAGUCUUGUUUCAAGGUGAUUCCUUCAACCUGUUUGUCAUCAUGGAUGUGGGAAAGUUUGACGAUUUUCUGCCUUGGCCUGCUAUGGUCGAAUGUGUGAUGAAAGGCGUACGGCCGGACGGGGAGGAGGUGGAGGUGGGGGUGAGAUCGGGGGAAUACAGCCGUCCUACUGAAGAAAAAGGCGCAUCAGUCGUGGCGUGGAACAUGACGGUCGGCAGACAGUUCCUGGAAGAGCAUCAGCUCAUCAAACACGACUCGGCGUGCUUCAAGUGGGUUCUCAACGUCAUCAGUCGCAGGGGGAGCAGGAGGGUAGUGGCCGGCACGGGAGUGGCUUCUGGCGGCCAGUGCGCUCCUAACGCUUCCAGUGAAGCCGAGAACUACUUCCAAACCGAGGCUUGUACUUGUAAAAGUCCACGAGAGAUCCCGACCGCUCCUCCACCCGAGACUCCCUGUAGAGGUUACACCCAAGUUGUCACUGGCGACCUUGGGAACGUGGCAGGCGACGUGACAGGUGGCGUGGUAGACAACGUGGAAGGCCACACAGCAGACAGUGUGGCAGGCGACGUGACAGGCGACACAGCAGGCAACGUGGUGGACGACACUGCAGGCAACAUGUGUGCGAGAGACGACGCCACUGCAGCGGCCCCUGGCGAGAGCCUUGGCGACACUGAACACGUAUCGGAGAGAGAGGAGAGCGAAGAAGAGGGCGGUGCUGGUCAUGGUGGUAAUGAUAACGCUCCGAAUACUGGGGUGGGGGACGGUGAAGUGUAUGUGGGUGGCGAUGGUACUGAGGUAGUGUUAGCGGGGACGGAGGACGGUGAAGUGUAUGUGGGUGGCGAUGGUACUGAGAUACCGGUAGUGAUGGCGGGGACGGAGGGAGGGGAGAGAACUGGACACCGGCAGCAGCGCAGAAAGUGGACAACCCUUUUCCGUUUCUUGUGUGUCAUGUUGUUUUGUGUUUCAAUGUGCCCGGGGUUUACUUUUGUGGCAACGGCCAGGGUGUGUUCCUACACCGCAGGCGUUUGCCGCCAAGUCUGGGACAGCCAGUUUAUUCUGGGGACUACUUUCAAUAACUCUAGCAAGGCUAAUAUGUGCCUGUGGGCUGAUGAGUGGAAGUGUCUGCCUGAGGACGAAACAACUGGCUAUGGAGAGCUAUUGGCCUGGGUUCAAAAUCCUCCGAGAGUUUGGAACACGGCGCUGUUGGCAUGGCUUCAAAAUUACCCCCUUCGUUUCUUCCUACCUCUCAUGGCAAAUGGAGUAUCGGCUAAUGGAGUAGAUGGCUACGUGUUGGAGAAUAUGGGACUUAUGUCCACUGAGACGUCGAUGGCCGUACAUGACUUUUUCUUACGCUUACAAAGGCGCGGCAAAGAGCUAGAGGAAGGGAAGAAGGGGCAGACUUCCUCAAGCCAGAGAAAGAGACACCGACAGCCGCAGAAGCAGCAC